AUGGCGGUUGUCGCAUAUGAGGCCGACGCAGCACGUAUCAAGUCGGUAGAGGAAGACGACGCUGAUUUUGAAGAGCUUAUUCCACCCGAGAAUUUUGCCAUGAUCGAAAAGGGUCUUUACAGAAGUGGAUUUCCAAAGAAGAAGAAUUUUGCCUUCCUCCAGAAAUCGUUGCGGCUCACGUCAAUAUUGACACUUGUGCUGGAAGAUUAUCCACUGGCGAAUACAGAGUUCAACCGCAUGCACGGUAUUAAGUUGUUGCAGUUUGGAGUCCCCGGUAACAAGGAGCCUUUCGUUGACAUCCCUGAAGACGGCAUUGUUGCUGCGCUGAAAGCUGUGCUCGACAAGCGGAACCAUCCAAUGCUCAUACAUUGCAACAAGGGCAAGCAUCGUACUGGCUGCCUUGUUGGCUCGUUGCGCAAGGUUCAGCGCUGGGCAUUUAGCUCUAUCUUCGACGAAUACAUCCGGUUUUCAGCCCCCAAACCCCGAAUGAUGGAUCAACAGUUUAUCGAGCUAUUUAAGACCGAGCGCGUCACAGAAAAGGAAAGCCUGACAGAGCACCUCCCGAACUGGCCUGGUCUUUAG